AGUAACAACUCUUCUUCCUAGUAAUAAAAUGGUGCUUUCACUUUGUAUCUGAGGAUUGGUGGACUUCUCCUCUCAAUAUUUCAUCAUUCCAGCUCCAGUGCUUUCAAAGGGGAAACCUGCCUUCCAGUCCAGCAUGUGUAGUCCCUCUGGAUCUCCUGAAAGAGCUGUAGAUGGGUCUCUACUCAGUGACUUUGAAAAGGGCACUUGCAUCCAUACACGACGAGAGUCCCAUCCCUGGUGGAUGGUAGAUUUGGGAUCAUCAGAAACUGUGAAAUCUGUUGCAAUCACCCCCCGAAAAGAUUGCUGUAUGGAAGAAUUAUAUGGAGCAUUCAUCCUGGUGGGGGACUCUUCUCACAAUGGUGGCACUUUUAAUGACAAAUGUGCAGUCAUUGGUUCCUUGGGCUAUGGGAAAACAGAGUUUUUCAGAUGUGGAAUGAUGAGAGGAAGGUAUGUGAGUAUUGUCAACCCAAAAAGAACAUUUCUAUCUUUCUGUGAAGUAAGAGUCUUUGGAAAAACAUCAGAGGCUGUCUCUCCUAGUGUUCCAUCACAAUCUCAGCCUUCAUCACUCAAGGCAAGAGAUGACACUAAUUUACCUGAUCUACUACAAAUAAAAAGAUUACAAACAUCUCAGUCCAGCAUCUUCAUUUCCUCUCGUUUUCCUAUGGAUGGGUCUUCUCGAAGUGGCUACUGUAUUCAAACAUUGCAAGAGACUGACCCCUGGUGGAGAGCAGAUUUGGGUUCAACGCAAGCUAUCGAGUCUCUGUCAAUCACUAGUCGAAAGGAUUGCUGUAGAGAACACAUAAAUGGAGCCAUAAUUUUGGUGGGAGACUCACCUUAUUGGGGUGGAAUAUUCAAUGCAAGGUAUGGAAUUAAGAUUUAUCUUUUGAGAGCUCGGGGAAUGGUCAUGCAUUUCUUUAUAACUUUUCAAUUCAUUAAUGUUAGGAUAAAUUUGCAUAGAAUUGAAAUGAAAAUUUUAGUGCAAUGAAAUCGACUUUAGCUUGAUUCUGAGCAUAUUCACUUUUUGGUACUUACAGUUGGUCUUCUCUACUUCUUCCUUUUCCUCCCUUCUAUAAAGUCAAUGCAUUUGGCCUUGGGGGUGGGAGGGACAAAAAUAAUAGAACCUCUGUGCUGAAAAUAGUGUUGAAAAGUGCUAUAUUUGUGUUUUAAAAAUAUGAUUAAGGUUUACAGUAGUGAAAUACCUAACCAUACACCUUCU